GUCUGAUCCUGUUCCCACCUUUACACUGUGUCUUUGUUCGGUACUGCCGGUACUGCCUUUCAUCGUAACAGUGCAUAUUGGAGAAGAGGAAGUUGGCACGUGGGCACGCGGCCUACCCUGCAGGCUCUUUCGAGAAUCAGUGAAACCACCUUGCGUGGAAUGUCGCAGCACGGUUGCUGGCUAUCGAUCUGUUGUCCAGGGACACCACCGUUCACAUCCUUCGGUAUCUGUGCGUGUGGCGGCUAGCGCUAAAUAACUGGGGCAGCUUUGGUGGCAGUCUGCUUGGUUGGGUCUACUGGACGACUUUCAGCAGCACAAGCCGAAGCCGAAGACCGAGAACUAGGGCAUGAGGCACCACAGCUGGGGUCGAUCUUCCGAGAAGCAUGCGAAUGUGAUUGGUGCAAGACUGAGUUUUCACCAUUAGCUCGUCCUCGCGAUUGCACAUGCAGAGAUUCCACUACGGCUCUAACGAGCAAUCGCUCAGAUCACUCAGAUUCACUCGCUCGUUUGAUCAGACAAUUGUCAUCCUGGACACGUCACGCAUGCGAGCCUGGUGUGGAGGCAGUAAUCGAUAUGCGUAAUCCGGGGUAGGGGGCAAAACGGCGUUAUAAAUGGCGGUGGGGAAGUUCAGUCCUUCAACAAUGUAUCCCACCUUCGACUUCCACACGACCGCCGAGGACGUUGCGACAGCAUUCGCAGAGCAGAUCCAGCGCAAAAAUAUCCUCAUCACUGGGACGUCUCUCAAUGGCCUCGGCUUCGAGACCGCGCGCGCCGUGGCAAAGUAUGCAAAUCUGGUGAUCAUCACAGGAUAUAACAAGGAGCGACUCGGGCUGGCGCACGCUGAACUACGGAAAGAAGGCUCUCACGCCGAAAUCAGGCCUCUGGUCAUAGACCUCGCCUCGCUCAAAGACGUGCGCAGGGCGGCUGCCGAGGUCAAUGCUUACGCGGAACCCAUCCAUGUCCUGGUCAACAAUGCAGCCGCUGCAGUCGGGGCUUUCAAGCUCAGCCCGGAGGGCUACGAGAACCAGCUCGCAACCGACCAUCUAGGCCCGUUCCUCUUCACCGCCCUCAUUGCUCCAAAGCUUCUGGCCGCACGGACCGAGACGUUCACACCCCGAGUGGUUUUCGUGUCCAGUUUGGGGCACGAGUAUGGAUCAGUCAAUUUCGAGACUUUGGGUAAACCCGAUCCUGCGCUGUACGAUUCGAUGGGUGCCUACAGGCAAGCGAAGACCGCCAACAUCCUCACUGCUUCCGAGCUCUCGCGGCGGGCCAAAGGGGCACUCAAGAGCUACAGUCUGCAUCCAGGA